GGGGAUGGGAGGAAUUUGGUGGCAAAAAUGAGUGAGAAAAAAGAAAAGUCUUUAGAAACUGCAAGGCAAUGUGGCCAACAACUGCAUGCAGUCCUGAAGUGGCAGAGAAUACUGAGCUGAGCAGUCUGGCAAGAGGUAAGAGAAGCCUGCCCAGAGGAAACACAGGAAGUCCUACCUCAAGCACUAAGUUGAAACACUAAUUACCCCAGAAAGAAAAAACCUGCAAUGGCCACAGUGGUAGAACUGAACCCUACAAGUGAGAAGAGUGAGUUUGUCCUAGGAACAGCAGUAAACAAGACCCCUCCCCGGAAAGUCCUGAGUUUAUGUUCCAUGCGCUAUGGAAUAGCCUUCAUCGCACAUUUCUGCAACUUCACAUUGAUAGCGCAGAAUUCCAUCAUAAGCAUCACCAUGGUAGCCAUGGUCAACAAUACCAACCACCUACCCCACCUCAAUAGCUCUGCUGGUUUAAACGGUGAUCAGCAUGAAGCCUCAAAACAUCUUUCUAUAAAGGCCCCUGUGUAUAACUGGAGUCCUCAAACCCAAGGAAUCAUCUUCAGCUCUGUCCAGUACGGCAUGAUGCUGAUGCAGGGUCCUGGCGGAUACUUGGCAGGAAAAAUAGGAACAAAGAAAGUGGUUGGAAUUGCUCUGCUUGGAUCUUCAUUGCUCACUCUCUGCAUCCCACUGGCUGCCAGUCUAGGACUAGCUUUUCUCCUGGCAGCUCGAGCAGCUCAGGGCUUAACCCAGGGUACUGGAUAUGGGGGGCAGUUUGCACUCUGGCAGAGAUGGGCUCCUCCAAAUGAACGCAGCCGACUCUGCACCAUUGCUAUGUCAGGAAUGACACUGGGAAUCUUUACUGUCCUCCUUGUGGGCGGCAUCAUUAGUGAAGCCCUUGGGUGGCCAUUUGUCUUCUAUAUUUUUGGAGGUAUCGGUGUGCUCUCUUGCCUUCUCUGGUUCAUUCUGGUUUAUGAUGACCCUGUCUCUCACCCAUGGAUAAGUGACCCAGAAAAGGAGUAUAUUUUAUCCUCUCUGAACCAACAGUUCAGCAUAGAAGAGCAGCCACUUCCCAUCAAAGCUAUGUUAAAAUCUCUGCCUCUCUGGUCCAUGUGUCUUUGCAGUAUAACCCAUCAGUGGCUUGUUAACACCUUUAUAAUAUACACUCCAACCUACAUCAGUUCUGUGUUCAAAGUUAACAUCAGAGAUAAUGGGUUCCUGUCUUCUCUUCCCUUUUUUGCUGCUUGGGUUUUUGGUAUUUUGGGAGGCCAGCUGGCAGAUUUUCUACUGAACAAGAAUUUUAGGCUCAUAACUGUGAGAAAAAUCAUCACAAUUUUAGGAAAUAUUCCUCCUGCAGCCCUCAUUGUGGCUCUGCCCUAUGUCCAAUCCAGCUAUAUCACAACAAUUAUAUUUCUGACACUUUCCUGUGCACUGUGUUCUCUGUGUCAGGCAGGAGUCUAUAUUAAUGCGUUAGAUAUUGCUCCAAGGUAUGCCAGCCUUCUCAUGGGAACAUCAAGAGGAUUCGCGCAUUCAUCUGCUGUGCUGGUACCCGUGGUUGCUGGCUUUUUCCUCAAUCAGGACUCUGAAUUCGGGUGGAGGAAUUUCUUUUUUGUACUUUUUGCCAUUAACCUACUUGGUUUAAUCAUCUACCUCGUGUUUGGGAAAGCAGAUAUUCAAGAAUGGGCUAGAGAGAGGAAGCUCACUCGUUUGUGAAGCUGUCCCACUUGCAGUAAGGAAGUCAUUACAUACGCUGGUUCCUAUGUGGGAAAACUUUCAUGAAGAAUGAUGUCAUACAUUUCCCCCUUUCAUCCAGACUUCUUUUGAAGAAAAAUAUGAGAUGAAUAAAACAUCAAGUAAAAUGAUAA